AUGGGAGUCAAGGCCAUGCACAAAAAACCAUGGGAUCACAGUGAAAUAGGCCGGGACUUGCCAGAAGCUGAGAGCUAUCAGAGGCCUGGGGUUUCAGAAGGCCGGGACUUGCCAGAAGCUGAGAGCUCCCAGAGGCCCGGGGCUUCCGAAGGCCGGGACUUGCCAGUUGCUGAGAUCUCUCAGAGGCCCAGUGCUUCCGAAGGCCGGGACUUGCCAGAAGCUGAGAGCUCCCAGAGGCCCAGUGCUUCCGAAGGCCGGGACUUGCCAGUUGCUGAGAACUACCAGAGGCCCAGUGCUUCCGAAGGCCGGGACUUGCCAGAAGCUGAGAUCUCCCAGAGGCCCAGUGCUUCCGAAGGCCGGGACUUGCCAGAAGCUGAGAGCUACCGGUGGCCAGGGAGAAUUUAA